ACGGGUUUGGUUCGAGCUUGAAGUCUCUCAUUAAACAAUUGAAUCCCAAGACGACAUCGUUGGCUUAACAACCCGUCAGCAUCAUUUGAUUUAGCACGAGAAGGUUGCCGACCCGAGUAAUAUCGAAUCCCCGCUUUCACUGUCUUCAACCUUCAGUUCUCCCAAAUCUUAUUUCCGACCCAGUUUUCUUCAAUUGUUUUCCCGGCAUCCAAACACCGAAUUCUCAAUCCAAGCCCCCCCCAAAAAAAAGAAUCCAAAUCAUGCAGCACCAAGUUGUCACGAUCAAUCACAAGUUCUCAGUGAAAUAAAUAUCCAAAAUCCAAAAAAACUACUUUGUUUCCAUUUCAAUUUUCUAUGGACAAAGAAACUGAACUUCUCUCGCGCCUAGCCGCAAACCAUCUAAACCUAGCUCAAUUCGAACCGUUGCGAGCCACGCUUCUAGCUCUACGAACCAAAAACCCCGAACUUGCUCUGGCAAUCCUUCAAACGAUCGUCGCCAACUCGGGUCGGUUCGAGAACAUUGCCUGGUCACCUUCUUGUCCAUCGCCAGCUCUUUUAACUUAUCUUUCAACUCUCGAGCUCUUGCAAUUUAAUAAUCCUACAUCUAUAUGGAGCUUCGAUCCCGAUACAUUGCGCUUACGAGCGGAAUUUUUGUUGUUAGUUCAAGUUUUGAUUGAUAAGGUCUCGGCUAGUCUGAGAAGAGAUGUUGAUUUGGAUAAGAUUGAAAAAGAGAAGGAAAGUGAGAGCGAAGGUUUUGAGGAAGAGAAACCUGAGUUGUUGGAUAGAAGUGAUGAUUUGCAAGAGGGAAAUGGUGAAUUGGGAGAUUGUGUUAGGGUUUUAGAUAGGUUUCUGGAAUUGGGAAUGAGGAGGUUGAGACCGGAUGUAGUCAUGGAAGGUGGUGAUGCUGAUGCUGAUGGUGAAGAGGAGCACAAGGCUGUCUUGGAGAAGGUUUUGAUCGAGGAAGAAGAAAUGGUUUGUUUGAGGAACGUGAUUAUGGAUUACGCAGAUCUUUUCGAUGCCUUAUGUGAGAAUAUUCAGAGGCAAUUGAAAGGAUUGGACGGUGAUGAUUCGGGGAUGGCUAUAAUGAUACGAAGAGAGGAGAAGGUGACAGUGGAUUCAUUCGACGAGGAACAUAAGGGGGUUCUUAGUUUAAUACAAAUGAGUGUUCAGUUAGCCCAUUUGGAUGCUAUGAAGGAAUAUCUGAAGGAUGGGGAUAUUGAAGGAGUGGUUUCUCGCAUUCGUUUUCUUCACCUUGGUUAUGGAGUCGAGGACGAUGUGUAUCGCACACUCUUACGAGAUCUACUCAAGAGGGUUUUAUCAGAAAAGGAAAGAUUCGGAGUGUCCCGGCAUUCCACAGAAGAAAAGUUGUUACAGAUUUAUGGAGAAGCUCUGUCAUCAAAUUGCAGGCAUCUUGUCCAAAUGAUUCAAGUUAUUCAUGACGAGUUGCUUGUUGAAGAGAUUGAGAUGUAUAGAUCUCUUGAUAACAACCAAAUUCCUCCACCUCUUGAGCAUUUUCAUAAGUAUUUAGUGGAACUGAAAACUAAUGCAGAUUUAAAUAACAAGCAUUGGCCCUUGAGUAUGGCAGCAAGUUCUUGCAUGAGAGAUUUGUUCCAUUUUGCUCGCAUUUCUGGGUUACAUGUACUAGAGUGUGUGAUGAAUACGGUUUUAUCCGCCAUAAAAAGGGAGAACAUUGAAGAGGCAACUGAUGUUCUUGUACUGUUCCCUCGGCUUCGGCCCCUGAUAGCUACUAUGGGUUGGGAUUUGCUGUCUGGUAAAACAAUUUUGAGGCGGAACUUAAUGCAAUUUCUUUGGGUAAGUAAAUCACAUGUUUUUCAGCUGGAAGAAUCACCUCUCUAUGGAAACCGAUCAGAUGAGGUAUCUUGUGUGGAACAUCUCUGUGAUCAAUUAUGUUAUCACCUUGAUAUUGCCUCUUUUGUUGCUUGUGUCAAUUCCGGUCAACCAUGGAGUUCAAAAUUCUCAUUACUAUUGUCUGGACAUGAAAACAUAGUAUCUGGAAGUGAAGAUGCUAAGUUAGACACAUUUGUUGAAAAUUUUGUGUUGGAAAGACUUUCUGUUCAAUCUCCCCUUCGGGUACUGUUUGAUGCUGUUCCAAGCAUAAAGUUUCAAGAUGCUAUUGAAUUGAUUAGCAUGCAGCCAAUUGCUUCUACUCUUGAGGGCUGGAAAAGGGGGCAAGAUAUUGAACUUAUGCACAUGCGUUAUGCUUUGGAAUCCACUGUCCUUGCACUAGGAGCAAUGGGAAGUAGCAUGACUGGUGAGAAAGAGACUCAUCAAGUGGCACUAUGUCAUUUGCAAGACCUAAAGAACCAUUUGGCGGCCAUAAAAAAUAUUCCACGCAGGAUACUGAUGGUGAAUGUUAUAAUUUCACUUUUACAUAUGGAUGAUAUCUCUCUCAAUUUGACACAUUGUGCCUCACCUGGGAGCCUUUUUAAACAGUCUGUUGAAUGUGGUUCCGAACAUAUUGAUUUAACCAUAUAUGAAGGUGGAAACAAAAUGGCUAUAUCUUUCACAGGGUUGCUACUUGAUAUUGUACGUCAUAGUCUUCCAUCAAGCACAGCUGUGGAGGAGCAUGCAUCCGCUGAUGGUUUAAGCAUGUCUGGGAGGCAGGCUUUGGAGUGGAGAAUUUCAAUGGGUAAACGUUUCAUUGAAGAUUGGGAAUGGCGAUUAUCAAUUUUGCAGCGCCUUCUCCCAUUAUCUGAAAGGCCAUGGAGUUGGAAGGAGGCAUUGACUAUAUUACGAGCAGCCCCAUCUAAGCUACUUAGUCUUUGUAUGCAAAGAGCAAAAUAUGACAUUGGAGAAGAGGCAGUUCAUCGGUUUUCAUUGUCUGCAGAAGACAGAGCUACCCUUGAAUUAGCUGAGUGGGUAGAUAACGCAUUUGGAAAUGUGCAUGUAGAAAAUGCAGUGUCUCGGGCAGCUGAUGGGACUUCUCCGGUACAGGAUUUGGAUUUUUCAUUGUUGCGCUCUCAAUUGGGUCCUUUGGCUACCAUUUUUCUGUGCAUUGAUGUUGCUGCAACUUCAGCUAGGUCUGCCAGUAUGUCUCUACUGCUUCUGGAUCAGGCUCAAGUUAUGUUAUCUGAGAUAUAUCCGGGAGGUUCACCAAAGGUGGGUUCCACUUACUGGGAUCAGAUCCAUGAAGUUGGAGCUAUUUCUGUAUUACGACGUGUCCUGAAACGUCUGCAUGAGUUAUUGGAACGGGAUAGUCCUCCAGUUCUUCAGGCCAUUCUGACAGGGGAGAUCUCCAUUUCAGCAGCUAAGGACUCUCAUCGACUGGGACAAAAAGAACGUGCCCUUGCACUUCUACAUCAGAUGAUUGAAGAUGCUCAUAUGGGCAAGCGGCAGUUUCUUAGUGGUAAGCUUCACAAUCUAGCCAGAGCUAUUACCGAUGAAGAAAUGGAAGUCAAUUUUGCUAAAGAGGAAGGACCAGGAAGUGAUCGCAAAGUACAAUCCAUUCUUGACAAGGAUGGUGUUCUUGGGCUUGGGCUAAAAGCUGUCAAUCAGACAUCAGUAACUUCCACGACUGGAGAUAAUAGUGUGCAGUCGGUUGGUUAUGAUAUGAUGGAUGCUGGGAAGAGGCUUUUUGGCCCUUUAAGUGCAAAGCCCCCAACCUAUUUGUCACAAUUUAUUCUCCAUAUUGCUGCAAUAGGUGACAUAGUGGAUGGAACAGAUACAACUCAUGACUUUAACUUUUUCUCACUUGUAUAUGAAUGGCCUAAAGAUCUCUUAACUCGUUUGGUCUUUGACCGAGGCAGCACAGAUGCAGCUGGAAAAGUAGCAGAGAUAAUGUCUGCUGACUUUGUUCAUGAAGUGAUUUCAGCAUGUGUACCCCCGGUUUAUCCUCCACGGUCUGGUAAUGGUUGGGCAUGUAUUCCUGUCAUCCCCACAUGCCCUCGUAGUUGUUCAGAAAAUAAAGUACUUUCUCCUUCUGCUAAAGACGCUAAGCCUAGCUGUUACAGUCGUUCCUCUGCAACACCCGGGAUCCCUCUUUACCCUCUACAAUUGGAUAUUGUGAAACAUUUGGUUAAAAUAUCUCCUGUUAGGGUUGUAUUGGCUUGUGUUUUUGGAAGCAGUAUGUUACACAGCGGCAGUGACUCUUCUAUAUCUAGCUCCUUGGAUGAUGAUUUAUUGCAGGCACCUGAUGCUGAUCGGUUGUUUUAUGAGUUUGCUCUUGAUCAAUCUGAAAGGUUCCCUACUUUGAAUAGAUGGAUACAAAUGCAGACUAAUCUUCAUAGAGUUUCAGAAUUUGCCGUGACAGCUAUGCAAAGAGAUGAUGAUGGCAAGGUUAAACCUGAAACAAGAACUGUUAUUAAAAGACUGCGAGAAUCUGACAGUGACACUGAGUCAGAAGUUGAUGAAACUGUCAAUAAUUCUAACGUCACAACAUCCUUGGACCUAAAUGUUAAGGAUAACACUUCUCCAGACCCAUGGCAUGACUCCUUAAAACCUGAAACAGCCGAAGUUGAUAGUACAGUUUUUCUUUCUUUUGGUUUAGAGAAUGAAGAUCCAUAUGAGAAAGCUGUGGAACGGUUGAUUGAUGAAGGAAAGUUAAUGGAUGCUCUUGCACUCUCUGAUCGCUUUCUGCGUAAUGGAGCUUCAGACCGGUUGCUUCAACUACUAAUUGAACGAGGAGAAGGAAGCCAUUCAGCCUCUGGGCAACCUCAGGGUUAUGGGGGGCAUGGCAUCUGGAGCAAUAGUUGGCAGUAUUGCCUGCGGUUGAAGGACAAGCAACUGGCAGCUGGACUUGCCCUCAAGUACAUGCACAGAUGGGAACUUGAUGCUGCUUUGGAUGUUCUGACCAUGUGCAGCUGCCACCUGCCUCAAAGUGAUCCAGUUAGGAAUGAGCUCCUGCAAAGGAGACAAGCUUUGCAGCGGUACAGCCAUAUAUUAAGUGUAGAUCAUCACCAUGGAAGCUGGCAAGAGGUUGAAGCUGAGUGUAAGGAAGAUCCUGAAGGCUUAGCGCUAAGAUUAGCUGAGAAAGGAGCUGUUUCUGCUGCUUUAGAAGUUGCUGAAAGUGCUGGAUUAUCAGCAGAACUGCGGAGAGAACUUCAGGGCCGACAGCUUGUGAAGCUUCUCACAGCGGAUCCUUUGAAUGGUGGAGGACCAGCAGAAGCUUCCCGUUUUUUAUCAUCACUAGGUGACUCUGAUGAUGCUCUACCAGUCGCUAUGGGUGCAAUGCAACUAUUACCCAACCUACGGUCAAAACAACUUCUUGUUCACUUCUUCUUGAAGCGAAGAGAUGGGAGUCUGUCAGAUGUUGAGGUUUCUCGACUUAACUCGUGGGCUUUAGGCCUUCGUGUUCUAGCUGCCUUACCACUGCCUUGGCAGCAACGAUGUUCUUCCUUGCAUGAGCACCCACAUUUAAUAUUGGAGGUUCUACUGAUGAGGAAACAACUGCAAUCUGCCUCACAGAUCCUUAAAGAGUUUCCUUCUUUGAGAGACAACAGUGUUAUCAUAUCAUAUGCUGCUAAAGCUGUUGCUGUCAGUAUUAGCUCUCCAAUUCGGGAGCCUCGGAUAUCUGUUUCUGGAACACGGCCAAAACCAAAAACAAAAUCAGGUGUACCUGCAAGGUCAUCCUUCACUAGUAGUUUAAGCAACUUGCAAAAGGAGGCUCGUAGAGCUUUUUCUUGGGCUCCACGUAAUACUGGGGACAAGACUGCCCCCAAAGAUGUUUAUCGGAAAAGAAAGAAUUCUGGUCUGUCACCUUCUGAAAGAGUUACUUGGGAGGCAAUGGCUGGGAUUCAAGAGGAUCGUGUAUCAGCAUAUGCGGAUGGGCAAGAGCGGUUUCCUUCUGUCUCAAUUGCUGAGGAAUGGAUGCUAACAGGUGAUGCUGGUAAAGAUGAAGCUGUUCGAGCAUCUCACAGAUACGAAAGUUCCCCUGACAUUAUUCUCUUCAAGGCAUUGCUUUCCUUAUGUUCUGAUGAGUUUGUGUCUGCGAAGAGUGCCCUAGACUUAUGUGUUAAUCAGAUGAAAAAUGUUUUGGGCUCCAAGCAGUUGCCUGAGAAUGCAUCAAUGGAAACAAUUGGUCGAGCAUAUCAUGCUACUGAGACAUUUGUCCAGGGACUAAUAUAUGCUAAAUCGCUGUUGAGGAAACUCACUGGUGGCAACGAUUUGUCUAGUAAUUCUGAAAGAAGCAAGGAUGCUGAUGAUGCAUCCUCUGAUGCUGGUAGCUCAAGUGUGGGUAGCCAGACGGAUGAGUUAUCUGAAGUUUUGUCACAAGCAGAUGUUUGGCUGGGACGUGCUGAGCUUCUUCAAAGCCUUCUGGGAUCUGGCAUCGCUGCUUCUCUUGAUGAUAUUGCUGACAAGGACUCAUCUGGCCGUCUCCGUGACAGGUUGAUUGUUGAUGAACAGUAUAGCAUGGCCGUGUAUACUUGCAAGAAGUGCAAGAUUGAUGUUUUUCCUGUAUGGAAUGCAUGGGGACAUGCUUUGAUUCGGAUGGAGCAUUAUGCGCAAGCGCGUGUGAAGUUUAAGCAAGCUCUUCAACUUUACAAGGGUGAUCCUGCACCUGUCAUUCUAGAGAUCAUUAAUACAAUUGAAGGAGGUCCACCUGUGGACGUGUCAGCUGUUCGUUCCAUGUAUGAACAUUUGGCCAAAAGUGCACCAACAAUCUUGGAUGAUUCUCUUUCUGCCGAUUCAUAUCUAAAUGUUCUGUACAUGCCAUCUACCUUCCCUCGUUCAGAGAGAUCAAGGCGGUCUCUAGAAUCUUCAAAUAGUAAUUCUCCAUACGGCCCUGACUCUGAAGAUGGACCACGUAGUAACUUGGACAGUGCUCGUUAUACUGAGUGUGUUAGCUAUUUGCAAGAAUAUGCUCGUCAGGAUUUGCUUGGAUUUAUGUUUAAGCAUGGUCACUUCAAUGAUGCAUGCUUGUUAUUCUUUCCUCCUAAUGGUGUUCCUACACCUGCUCAACCUUCAACAAUGGGAGUAGUAACUUCAUCAUCGUCCCCUCAAAGAUCAGACCCCUUGACAACUGAUUAUGGAACCAUUGAUGAUUUGUGUGACUUGUGCGUUGGGUAUGGUGCCAUGUCAGUUCUGGAGGAAGUGAUUUCACAAAGGAUUUCAGUUGCAAAACAGCAGAAUGCUUUGAUAAAUCAAUAUACAGCUGCUGCACUUGGCCGUAUUUGCACUUAUUGUGAAACUCAUAAGCACUUUAAUUAUCUAUACAAAUUUCAGGUAAUCAAGAAGGAUCAUGUCGCAGCCGGACUCUGUUGUAUCCAGUUAUUUAUGAAUUCUUUGUCUCAAGAGGAAGCUAUCAGACAUUUGGAACAUGCUAAGAUGCAUUUUGAUGAGGGGUUAUCAGCACGAUACAAAGGUGGAGAAUCUACCAAGCUGAUCACAAAGGGCGUUAGAGGAAGAAGUGCCUCUGAGAAGCUUACAGAAGAAGGACUUGUCAAGUUUUCUGCUAGAGUGGCAAUCCAGGUGGAAGUUGUGAAAACUUUUAAUGACGCCGAUGGACCACAGUGGAGACAUUCACUUUUUGGAAAUCCAAAUGAUCAAGAAACCUUUAGGAGGAGGUGUGAGAUUGCAGAAACUCUUGUUGAGAGGAACUUUGAUUUGGCAUUCCAAGUUAUUUAUGAAUUUAAUCUUCCAGCUGUUGACAUAUAUGCUGCUGUUGCUGCAUCGCUUGCUGAAAGGAAAAAGGGCAGCCUGUUGACGGAAUUUUUCAGAAACAUUAAAGGAACAAUUGAUGAUGAUGAUUGGGACCAGGUAUUGGGGGCUGCUAUUAAUGUGUAUGCUAACAAACACAAGGAACGCCCAGACCGUCUCAUUGACAUGCUGACUAGUAGUCACAGGAAAGUGCUGGCAUGUGUGGUUUGUGGUCGCCUAAAAAGUGCUUUCCAGAUUGCAUCUCGAAGUGGAAGCGUGGCUGAUGUUCAAUAUGUUGCACAUCAGGCUUUACACGCCAAUGCUCUUCCCGUGCUUGAUAUGUGUAAACAAUGGCUGUCUCAGUACAUGUAACAUGUAUUUCUGCUACUUCAUAUUCACGUGGUUGCUAAGUCCACUAUUACAAGAACCCGAUUUCACAACUCUGGAAGGGGAUGCGAUUGGCUGAUUCAGAUUCUGGCAACCAUCAAAUACAGGCAAUUUAAAUUGGUUUUUCUUAUAAAUAAUAUGCUUUUUUUUUUGUAUGUAUUGAUUUAUUUGAACUUUAAAGUUUUGAUGGCUUCUCGAGCUUAUGGUCAUGGAUGAGGUCUGCUUCAGAGAGAGUGUGUGUAUGCGCGCAACUGGGUUUUAAUUUUAUGUACUAAAUAAUUUUGUAAAUUAUUAUGACAUAAUAAAGAUAAUAGGAUAGCAUGCAGUAGCUUCAUAAUUUUUUGUAUGUGGAGCUAUUUGCAUGGUUUUAUCCAUACCAUAUUAUAGAAGCUCUCAAUUUUCAGUCA